CUCUCUCUCUCUAAGAAGGGAAAAAAUGUGACCGCUUUAUUUCGCCGAUUUGCCCAGAUGUGCAGAUCACAAGGACAUAGAAGAGACGACUAAGGAGUGCUUGCUUCUGCUUGCCUCAUACACAGUAAGACGGAACGAAAAACGGAUAUAUAUGCCUGUUUUUUUUAAUAACACGGUCAUGUGAAGGCUCUCUAUGUUACUCUUUUUUUGCGGAAGGUGAGACAUAACCUUCAGAAAUCUCAGCUGACUCGUGGACCGCGCGAAAACGCGAAAUAUUCGUUUCUGUCUCUGUCUCCACUUAAUAUUUAGAAAUUGGCUGUCCAGUUGCGCAGCACUGUUCAAAAUUCCUCACCUCCGCGUGCAUUCGCCGAGUCCCCAGACCGAGUGUGGUUUGAAGGCAUCAUACAGUGAGUUGGAAGCCGUCAGGAGAAGUUCUAAUUUCAAGAUCUCAUCAUGACAGCCACGAAGGACCAACAUAAUCCAAGAGUCGCCCAGCAGCAACAAGGAGAGGAUCUUGGAGGUAUGAGCCCCCAGCAGCGAAACUGGAAAGGGAUCGCCAUCGCCCUGCUGGUCAUCUUGGUGGUCUGUUCCCUCAUCACCCUGUCCGUCAUCCUCCUCACACCAGCGGACGCCUCUUUGGGCAACGAUACGAGGCUGGCGGUGGAGGAUCUGUUUAAGCCCGACUUCGCUGUGCAUGACCCCGAGGCUCGGUGGAUCAAUGAAUCUGAGGUUGUGUACAGGACCCGGGACGGCCACGUCAUCAGGUUCAACGUCCUCACGAACGAGACGGAAAUCGUGCUGGAAAACAGCACCUUCGUUGAUUACAAUGUAGCAAAAUACUCGGUUUCUCCCGACCUAAAGUAUGUCCUCUUUGCCUAUCACGUGAAACAGGUAUAUCGUCAUUCGUAUACUGCAUGGUACAUGAUUUACAACAUUUAUACAAGGGAGGUAUUGGAGCUGAACCCGCCGGAGGUGCAGAACGCCGUGCUGCAGUAUGCUGAAUGGGGAGUGCAAAGACAGCAGCUGAUAUACAUAUUUGAAAACAACAUCUAUUAUCAAUCGGACGUCAGGGGAAAUUCCCUCCGGCUGACAUCGUCGGGAAAGGAAGGCCUCGUCUACAACGGCAUCGCCGACUGGCUGUACGAAGAGGAGAUCUUGGGGUCCCAUGUCGCACACUGGUGGUCCCCGGACGGAGAGAGGCUGGCCUUCCUCGCCAUAAACGACUCGCUGGUGCCGAACAUGGUCCUCCCUCAGUUCACUGGCGACCAGUAUCCCAGAGCGAAGCGCUAUCCGUACCCCAAGGCAGGCCAGCCCAACCCCAUCGCAAAGCUGUACGUAGUGAACCUGUACGGACCUACCCAUACUCAGGAACUGCCACCACCAGAUAGCCUGAAAGCCCGGGAGUACUACGUGGCGAUGGUGAGGUGGAUCAGCAACACCAAGGCAGCGGUGAGGUGGCUGAACCGGGCCCAGAAUGUGUCUGCGCUCACCGUGUGCGACACCACCAUCGGCGCCUGCAUCAAGAGACAUGAGGAGACUUCUGAUCUCUGGUUAACCAAACAGAACCAGGAACCGGUGUUUUCCAGGGAUGGAACCAAGUUUUUCCUGACCGUCCCAGUCAAACAAGGGGGGCAAGGAGAAUUCCAUCACAUUGCAAUGUUUACUACUCAGUCUAGGGCCGAGCAGAGCGAAGUCCGUCACUUAACGUCGGGGAACUGGGAGGUAACCAAGGUGAUAGCUUAUGAUGAAAGCUAUCGCAGCAUAUAUUUCCUCAGUACAGAGUAUUCUGCGCAAAGGAGACACCUAUUCAGAGUCUCUACCGUCGACCCGUUCCCCCGACGCUGCCUGACGUGCGAGUUGAGCAAGGCGCACUGCUCCUUCUUCGACGCCGACAUCAGCCCCGGCCAUCAGCAUGUCAUCCUCCGCUGCGAAGGCCCUGGUGUGCCAACAGUAGCCAUUCUGAGUCUGAAUAACACAAACAACCACAUUAUCCUGGAGAACAACACUAUUCUGAAAGCCUUAUUGAGAAAUAGAAGAAUCCAGCACACAGAAUUCAGAGCUGUUCCCAUCGAACACUUCGAUCUGCCUUUGAGGAUCUCUUACCCUCCUGAUUUCACGGAGGCCCAACAGUAUGGCCUUCUCUUGGUUGUUGACGGUACGCCUGGAAGCCAGUCGGUGAACGACCGGUUCCGGCUGGAUUGGGACUCGGUCCUGGUCAGUUCGGGCGGGGUCAUCGUGGCCCGUUUGGACGGCAGAGGGACCGGGUUCCGGGGCCAGCGGGUUCUCUACCAGGUCCACAUGCGGCUGGGGGCCGUGGAAGUGCAGGACCACAUCGCAGCGAUAGAGUACAUGUUGAAAUUCCCAUACAUUGAUCGUACACGAAUAGGGAUAUUUGGAAAGGGUUAUGGUGGCUAUAUUACAUUAAGAAUUCUAAAAUCAGCAGAAAGCCUGGUCAAAUGUGCUGUAGCAGUGUCUCCAAUAACAGACUGGAAAUUUUAUGCUUCUGCAUUUUCGGAAAGGUACCUUGGCAUGCCAUCACAGAAUGACAACAAAUACCAGUUGUCCAGCGUGCUUCAGAACAUCCAGGUGCCGCAGGAGCACAGUUUGAUGCUGGUGCAUGGAACUGCUGACGCUAAUGUUCAUUUCCAGCAUUCGGCCGAGCUGAUUAAAAGCUUAAUAAGAGUUGGUGCAAAUUACACAAUUCAGAUCUACCCGGAUGAAGGUCAUUUCCUAUCGCGGAACAGUCGCCAGCAUCUCUCCGCCUCCCUGGUCUCGUUCUUCAGAGAAGGCCUGAAGGAGGACUUCCUGUCGACGGUCGAUGAGCCAGAGGAAGAGGAGUGAAGAGCGACGGAGUGGGCCGACCGGCGAGGCUUUAUUAUUUAUUUUCUUAACAACUGCCCCCCUACCCCAGAAGGAUUUUUUUGGAGUGGUUACCAGAGUCACGGAGGAAAAUUGGGGGUUUUGAAAAAGAAAAAAAAAAAAAACAGAACAUCAAAACAGGAGCCCCUGGGCGUCCAAUGGGAACACUCA